AUUCCCUCCAUAGAACUUUGACAUGCCAUCCUCGAUCUGCUGUGCAAGUACACAGCAUGACCAAAGUGCCCCCCUCAUCGAGGCCUCAACUUAACCAACUCUCCCGGUACGCACACCUACCUCCACGCCAUGGCUGCUCAUUCGCAUGCCGAUACUAGGAGGGAAUGUGACAGCCUGAGGUGACCUCAGUUCCCACCCGCGCGCCAGCUGCCCAGAUGUUUCUCCACUCCCUCCUGCUGCAAAACAUGGCCAAGAACCCACAGCAAGCUAGGUCGAAGUCGAAGGACGGCGGCGCGGCGAGAGCGAGGGACCUGUCGAAGAAGUCCCCGUGGUACCAGCGCGCGGUGGAGCUGCUGCUCCUCAUCUGGAAGCAGCCCGCUGCCGCGGGGGCGCCGACGUCGAAGGCGGCGGCCGCGGCGGGCGUGUCAGCCUCUGCGACCGGGACCGGCAAGGCGGGAGCGGGGGCGGCGUCCGGGCCGGGCAGGCUGCGCAAGUCGUCGUCGCUGAACGUGGCGGCGUCGUUCACGCGCGUGUGCCUGUGCGCGCCCAUCUCCUCCUACAACGAGCAGUCGCUCUACUUCCAGGCGGGCGACGCGGCCGCCCCGCGCCGGAGCUACAGCUACCCGCGCGCGUCGUCGGCGUCGGCGUCCGGGUCAGGGUUGGGCAACAACGCCAACCCGCUGGUGGCCCCGCCGCCGCGCGCCGAGCCGCUGCAGAGGGGUGGCAGCGUGGAGCGGCGGCCGGUGUUCCGGGGCAAGUCGCUGACGGACGACGUGCUGAUGCGGCGGCUGGUGGUGGACGAGGUGGCCUCGCGGCGGCGGAGCCAGAUGGAGGUGAUCCGGCGGCGGCACGCGGCGUCGUCCAAGCGCCGGCGCCUCGGCCCCAGCCCGCUGCGGAGGAUGGCCCUACCGGAGUCGUCCGAGGAGGAGGAAGGCGAGGACGAGGCGGUGGCGGUGGCGGAGACGCCACGGACGGACAGAGCAUUCCUCGAUGAGUUGAGUAGCGUAGCGUAGCGUGAAGCUUCCUUCCUUCCUCUCACUCACUCUCUUGUCGUUUUCGUUUUCUUCUCACUUGUGGUGUUAAUCGAUCGAUGUCACGCAUGAACAAAUCUGGAGACGUUACAGGUGUUC